AUGACCUCGAACGAUGAAAAGAAUCCUCUUUCAAGCAUAAAUGUUUUUGUACUGAAAAAAUCUAUAGAUUCGAUAAGUAAAGAAUAUGAAAGUAUUUCUCAGCUUCGUGAUGGAAGCAUACUAAUUCUCACUAAAAACAAAAGAAUUGCUGAUAAAUUUAAGGCGGUUACUAAAAUAACUGAUAAUUGCCCAGUUACAGUGAAAUAUCACGAUCGUCUUAACUCCUGUAAAGGAAUCGUGUUCGCUCCGAUACUUAUUAAUGUGCCAGAAAAAGAAAUUGUUGAUGAAAUGGCUACACAAGGAAUUACAGCAGUAUACAAGUUUACCAAAAAUAUUGAAGGUAAGCAGCGUCCCACGGGACUGAUGCUUUUCACCUUUGAUUUGUAUAAACCACCUCCAACUGUCGAAAUGGGCUUUUAUAGAGAAAAGGUUAAGGAAUACAUCCCUAACCCGAUGCGUUGUCGCAAAUGUCAAAUACUUGGUCAUACAAUUAAAUGGUGCACCAGAGAAGAAGUUUGUGCUACUUGCAAUCUCCAACCACAUGAUAAUGCCCCUGAGAGCUGCACACGUGUUAUGUGUGCAAACUGCCCCCAAACGGAAGAACCACAUCCAUCUUCAUCCAAUAAAUGCCCCAAAUACAUUAAAAAUAAAGACAUUCUAACAAUAAAGACAAGAAAUAAAUGCAGUAUGGCUGAAGCCAGACUCUUAUAUUAUAACCUCAAACCAAACCAAGAAAAUUUCAACAUAACCUCCUUCAAUGAAAAAGCAAAAACAGGUAACAUCUCUGCUUUAGAUAAUGCCAUUUCACUUGAAAAGCGCAAAACAAUCGUAUCUACCUCUCACUCUAACGUACAAUCCUCCUCUUCAUCUUCUCUUAAAACUCAUUCUUCCUCUUCUCUCCUUAGUACAUCAAAUUUGCCACCAAAAUCAUCAACGAAUGUUCAAAAUAACCUUUCUGAUAAACACAGCACAAAUAAUUUAAUCCACAAAACCUCUAAUAACUAUAUCUCUAAACCCGCUUCAACCGUAAAUAAAAACAACGAAAACACAAACUCAAUUACUCUUAAAAAUAACAACUAA